UAUUGUUUAGUCAGUUACUAAACAUUCAAUCACAAAUAAUGUGGUUGAUGAAUAUUUUGCCUCUUCACUCAAGAGUUAUUCGUUCGUUUACAUCUAGUAGUUUCAAAACUGAACCAAUAAUUAUUGUGCAUGGGGGAGCUGGAGACACUCCUGACGAAUGGGUGCCUGAUAAAAUUUUAGGUAUAAAAAAGUCGGUUUCAAUAGGUUAUAAGAUUCUGAAAGAUGGCGGAAGUGCACUGGAUGCUGUCGAAGCUGCUGUCAGAGUCAUGGAAGACCUUGAAGAAUUCAAUGCAGGAUAUGGAUCGGUAUUGAACAUUGAUGGAGAAGUGGAAAUGGAUGCGAGUAUUAUGCUAGGAGAAAACUUGAAGUCAGGUGCAGUUACACUUGUGAAGGAUAUAGCUCACCCUAUAAGUCUUGCACGAUUGGUUAUGGAGAGAACGCCACAUUUCAUGCUAGGUGGGGACGGAGCUAAAAGAUUUGCAAGAGAGCAAGGUAUACCUACUCUACCGGCCGGAAGUUUAGUUACAAAAAAAGCACAAUUGGCAUUGGAUUUUUUCAAAAAACGUAUACGUAACAAAAUUGACGUAGAACGUAAUGGCACUAAUCCUGGUGAUGUGGGAACUGUGGGAGCAGUAGCUUUGGACAACAAAGGAAACAUUGCAGCAGCUACGUCGACUGGAGGUCUCACUGGAAAAAUGGUUGGUAGAUGUAGCGAUUCAUCCAUAAUUGGCAGCGGAACCUAUGCUGAUAAUAAUAUUGGUGCAGUAUCAUCUACUGGGCAUGGAGAAUCAAUUGCCAAAUUCUGCUUAGCGCAUUCGAUAAUAAAACAAAUGGAAUAUGGAAAAAAAGUCCAAAUUGCUACCGAACAAUCACUGAAAAAAUUGACCCAGAGACUGAACAGAACUGCGGGAGCUAUCACUUUAUCUAAAAAUGGGGAGCCAGCAAUUUUUUUCAACACCAAGAGAAUGGCUUGGGCUUUUCAGCAAGGAAACAAAAUCAAUUUUGGAAUUGAUCCCAACCAGAAUGAGACUGUGGAUGCCCAGGUGUGAUUCAUAUCAAGAAAAUUUAUAUUGAAAUAUAAUGAAUAUUUCCCAUUAUGUAAUAUAUAUUUAACAUUCA